AAUUUAGUUUUUCAACUCGAGUGAAGUACCAUAGGUGCGCACUCGAUAACCUGAAACAGUUACAAAGCGAAUAUUUGAAAUAUUGAUACACAAUCUAUUAAGGUCGAGAUUUCUCAAUCGAGGAGUAUAUUUCUGGAGAAAUGUCGCGGGAAUCGUCUGUAGACCCGAUUAUUUCCAGAGUCCAGGGGUCUAGAAUUCCUGUACGCAACCAGCGAGUUUUAAUCAAAGACAGCAGUUUAUCCCCAAAAAUGGCUUGGACAGCCGCCGAUCCAGUGGGAAUGAAGAACAAUAACAAAAAGCCAAGCUUGAUUCCAAGGCCGCCAUCCGGGCAAAAAAACCCGGGCACGAGAAAACGCCCAGUUCGUGGAACUCUUCUAAACCUGCUUCAUGUAGAAGGAAAACAAGAAGGUUCAAAGAAAGGUUUGAGGCCUUCCCCGCCAACAAUGGCAGCCCUAAACAACUGCUCUGAGAAAAAACGACAGACAGUUCCUGAAAUAAGGCCAUCGCGCCCAAAGAAUACGGUACAAGGAUGCUUUGCACCUUCGACAACUAAAGAUACAUCAUUCCAAAGCCGAAUUCAAAGACGCGCAAAUUCCAAAAGUGGUACGGAAAUGUGCCAAAAAAGGGACCUGCUGUCUACAUUCAGUAGUGCCAUUCCCAUUCCUCAAAGAUAUGCUGCUCUCGUCACUCCGAGGCUCGUCAAGAAAGCACCGUCAUCACUCAAAGACACACCAGCUGUGGCACCAUCUUAUACAAAGUCUGUGUCACAUCAUGUUAAGAAUAGCAAGGAAAAUAGCAAAGAAAAGCAAGAGGUUACCAACGACAAAAGACCUGUGGUAUCACCUCAGCAAAUCAUCGCACGAUCCAAACCCAUGCGUACUGUAAUGGAACUUGGUGCACCCAAGGUUCAGACCCCCAAGCCUGUUGAUCUUUCACCAAUAUACGGCAAAUUAAGCUCAAAGCUGAAGAAAGUUACACCAACAGCUGGCAAAGGCUUGCUGGAUGUUUUACCCAGCAGACACCUGGCUCCCAGACCACCUGUCACGCAAUUGCAACCUUUCACACAACUGUCACGAUCACACAAAUGCAUAGGAUUCACACCAGCCAGUCACAGAAUCAAGCUGGAAGUACCCGCAGUGCGUGCUGUCAUGCGUGUGCUAGAGGGGAUAUACAAGGACUUGCAGCAAGUAAGAAGUGAGGGAAGCAAUGCAAGCAUCCAGGAGGAUCUAACCAAGAAGCCUUGUGCCUCCAAUCCUGUCACCUACGUGCAGGAGCUUGGUACAGCCAUGGUUGAUAUUGUGGCCAAAACACACAAAGACCUAAAGGACACCUGCAUUGCUAAAGAGAAGCUGCAGCAUGACGCAGAGUCCAUGAUUAUUGAUUAUGAGGAUCAGUUAAGUAAGAAGCGAUCAGAAACCAAGGCGCUAGUACAGACCAUGCAGGGUCUUCAGGAUGAGCUUGAAGAGACCAAGUCGGAUUUUAAGUCCCUUGAGACAUUAACCCUGAGUCUGAACAACGCUAAUGAAAAACUUGAGACCCAGACUUUUGCGCAGGAGAAGGAGCUUGAACGCAACCGACUGGGAUUGGUGUGCAAGGCUCGAGAGCUGGAAAACCUCAGGUGCGAGAUCAAGCGACGCGAUCUGCGAUCAAGCGAGCUGUUGAAUGAGUACAUGGCUGUGUCAAAAGAGAAAAACUCCCUGCUUAUGGGCUUGGGACAGCUACGAAACGAGCUCGAAGAGUCGGACGCUAAGCGGACUCAGCUACAACUUGAGAACCAAAAGCUUGAGGAAGCUGUUGAUGAAUUGAAGAGAGAACUUGAAGCGUACGCGAACAGUACAGAAAAACGGGAUAACAUCUGCGGGAACCAGGACCUUUCAGAGGGGAUCCACCCAACUGCACGUGUGGCUUGUCCUCCGACAGAGACGGAAGAGAAGAGUGCUAAGGAGGCAUUGUCCGAUAUACAAGAGGAGUCGGAGAUGGCGGAAGCAGCACUUCCAUAUCCUACACUUAAAAUGGCGCAACCAGAAACUCUGAUAGAUGCUCUGUUCCGGAUUAACACUCUGGAGUUGCAGAUUAUGGAGAGGAAUAGCCAGGUUAAGAACUUUGCUGAGAUAGUUGAUGCCCUGAAAAACAAGUGCUGUGAUCUGGAAAGAGAGCGCUUUGAGAACUUGACAAAGCUGCAAGCUAUGCGCUUGGAAAGCAUUCAGGAGGCCAAACAAAUGCAGGUGAUGGAGGAGAAACUGCAGGAUAAGGAAGCCAUGAUUGAGGAGCAGAAGAAGACAAUGGAUGAACUCAGCCAGAAAUACACCAGCGUCUUACGGGAGCACAUCGCCACGAGUGAUCAAUUCGCCGAGAAAGAGAAACAGAUAAACACGAUGUUCCGGCGUGCUGUGGACCAAACUCGUGACAUGAGUGUCCUGAUAAGACAGCAGUCCGAAACGGUGGCUGAGUUGACACAGAUGAGGGACAGACUUCUUAAGGAAAAUACCAGGCUGAGGAGUAUGCUGCACGGCAAGUAUGUCAAGGAUGGAAAUCUAGAGGAAGUACCUAAGGGUAAUGCGGCAGCUUGCCGCGAUAAUGAAGACCCUAUUUCAAGAGCAACCCUCCGUAACCCGCCGAGGAAGGUACACUUUUUCAACAACGAUGAUGUCGCCAUGCGUGACAUCAAGCUUGGAGAGAAUGACGCCAUGGUGCUUGUGGUCCAUGGAGAUGGACCCCUGGUCUGUGGAGCAGCAGAAGACGCUGGAAUCCCACGUAAGCCAUCUGUACCCGACCUUGUGCCGUGCCUUGUCAGCAGUGACGAUGGGGAUGACGAUGCAAUGAAUCUGCGGCAUGAGAUCAUCCGGAGGAGAGUCUCGGGUCAGAUCGUACGAUUUAAGAGAAAGCCACUGGAGAAGAAAGCCAAGAAGUGGAGCCUUGCAAGACAGGCUUUUGUGAAAAGGAGGCCACUCGCUCCGAUCAAGGAAUAUCCGCUGGAAGCCUCCCUAAAUGAUAUCGAGGAGAGUAAGAGUGCGAUCCAUAAAGAUGCGACUCAGUCCAGUCUGUUGCCUGAACUCGAUUACCAAGAGAGAGAAGCUGUCGAUGGCGGGAGUGCCGAAGAGGAGGUUGUCUUUGCUGUGGGAGUCAAUGGAACAGAUACCGGCAAUGGCGAGGACGCCGUCGCUGAGGAAAUAUAUGUCGCUGACAAUGGCGGCGUCGCUGAGGAAAUAGAUGCCGAUGAAGUAGAUGUCUGCGCUGAAGAUGCCGUCUCCUCUGAGGAAGUUGAUGCCAAUGAAUUAGAUGCCGUUGUAAUAGACGUCGGUGCUGACGAUGGCGUCGUCGUUGAGGACGUUGAUGCCGAUGAAGUAGAUGUCGGUGUUGACGAUGUCGUCGUCGCAGAGGAAGUAGAUGUCGAUGAAGUAGAUGUCGGUGCUGACGAUGGCGUCGUCGUUGAGGAAGUUGAUGCCGAUGAAGUAGGUGUUGGUGCCGGCGAUGGCGUCGGAGGUAGCGUUGGUGAGGGUGCCACUGCGAUGCAAGUGGAAGCCGACGAAAAACUUGGCGUGCCAAGGGAACAGUUCAAGACUCAGUUCUCGGAAAUGAACCUACAUGCCUUGAGGGUGCUGGCGGACUCCCCUGCAUCGAAAUACAGGGAGUCUUAAGCAAGAGCAGACGCAGUAUUGCCGCGACAGUGCAUGCCACAUAAUUUGUAAUUCCAGUAAAAAUAAUGAAUUCUUAAACCCAAUACGGAGGGAAGUCUGGGAUAAAAUCCCUUGCUCCCGGAAUUAUUUCCUCUGACGGGGUAUAAUUUCGUAAAAUCACAAGCAAAAUUGCUUUGACUCGUUCCUGAAGUCAUAUCUAUGCACAGUCAUAGUUAAGAUCGAAACUUGGAAAUAGUUGUAAAUAGAUAUAAUAUUGUAGUGUAAGAUAAAUACAAAUUAUUCGUA